AUGAGCACAGAGCUCAGCGGCAUCGCCACAAAGGUGAAAAUUAAACCACAGCCCGCCACCGCCGCAGCCCCCAAAAAGAGGGCCAACGGCAUAUUCACAACAAUGCCCGUUGCCCACGUGGACGACGACGAGGAAGACGCCGACAACAACCACCACCCCACCAGCGCCGGCGGCCCCCACCGCGUGGAGAAGGCUUUCCCCGACGGCUCCCUCUACACCGGCCACUGGUCCGGCGACCGCCCCCACGGCCACGGCAAGUGCCUCUGGCCCGACGGCUGCAUGUACGAGGGCGACUGGGCCGGCGGCCGGCCCGCGGGCCGCGGCCGCUUCAGCUGGCCCUCCGGCGCCACCUACGAGGGCCGUUUCAGAUCCGGCCACAUGGACGGCGAGGGCUCCUACACAGGCUCCUCCGGCGACGCCUACCGUGGCCAGUGGUCCGGCGACGAGCGCCACGGCCGCGGGGCCCGCUCCUACAACAACGGCGACCACUAUGAGGGCCAGUGGCGGCGGGCCCACCCCCACGGACGUGGCAGGUACACGUGGCACAACGGGAAUCAAUACAUCGGACAAUGGAAACAGGGGAGAAUGCACGGGACUGGCACCAUGAUAUGGGCCAACGGUAAUCAAUACGACGGGAGCUGGCUCGACGGGCUGCCACGUGGCAACGGAACUUUCCGGUGGGCCGACGGAAGCUUCUACGUGGGCUUCUGGAGCGAAGAACCAAGAGAGAUGAGCGGGACUUACUACCCGUCCAGCUCGUCACAGGCUGUCGGGGGAAGCUUCGAGUGGGACCCGCGUGAGGUUUAUUAUCUGGUGAGCUUGAGCGACUGUCGGGUGGCCAGGGGGGAGAAAAUACCGAUUUUGCCCUCGGAGAAGGACAUGAACUGGCCGUGCGAGGAUGGUUGUGGGGUUGUUGUGAGGGGCGGGUCGUCGGGUAAUUGGGGCGGGUGUAGUUUGGGUUCGGAGUCGGAUUUGAGUUUGGAGGGAGGGAGUAAAGGGUCUGGAAGAGAGGGAAAUGGUGAAGGAAUCGAGGAUUAUUCGAGUGUGGGGUCGAGAGGAUUUAGUAGUAAUAAGAGGCCUCCUCCUCCUCCGAGGAUGAUAAUUAAACCGGCAAGGAGGUCCGGGCACACGAUUUCUAAAGGGCACAAGACUUACGAGCUUAUGCUGAAUUUGCAGCUUGGGAUAAGGACUCUGAGAAAGCUAUUUAAGGUGGACCCGGCGGAUUACAUGAUGUCGAUAUGCGGAAAUGAUGCCCUCCGGGAGCUUUCAUCGCCCGGAAAAAGUGGAAGCUUCUUUUACUUGACUAAUGACGAUAAAUAUAUGAUCAAGACCGUGAAGAAAUCGGAAGUAAAAGUGCUUAAAAGAAUGCUUCAGGCUUAUUACAAUCACGUUCGGUCGUACGAGAACACUCUGGUUACAAAGUUUUUCGGCCUUCAUUGCGUGAAGAUGACGGGGCCCGCGCAAAAGAAGGUUCGGUUUGUCAUCAUGGGAAAUUUGUUCUGUACCGAGUUUGUCAUUCAUAGACAUUUCGACUUGAAAGGUUCUUCCCACGGCCGCCUAACCGUAAAACCAGAAUCAGAAAUCGAGCCCACCACCACUCUCAAAGAUCUCGAUUUGAACUUCAUUUUUCGGUUGCAAAAGUCUUGGUUCCAGGAUUUCUGCAGGCAAGUGGACCGUGACUGUGACUUUCUCGAGCAGGAACGAAUUAUGGAUUACAGCCUUUUAGUCGGCAUUCACUUCCGAGAAAUAUCGCCUUCGAGCGAACCACUUACUACAGAGACUAAUAUUUCCCAAGCCAAAACGCCUAAUGGAAACGGGGCGAAAACAAACGAAGGAGGUGCAACGGCCGGUAUUGAUCUUCUCUUAGAUACUAACUGGUGGGCAUCGAUUAGGUUAGGUCGCAACAUGCCCGCACGAGCCGAGCUAACAGCAAGAAGAAACAAUGCCGAGCCCCAGCUGGUGGGGGACCCGACAGGUGUCUACUAUGAUGUCAUCCUAGUAUUCGGGAUUAUCGACAUUUUGCAAGACUAUGACAUCAGCAAGAAGCUUGAGCACGCGUACAAGUCCUUCCACUAUGACUCCACGUCGAUAUCGGCCGUGGACCCGAGGCAAUACUCGAGACGCUUUCGCGAUUUUAUAUUCAAGAUUUUUACGGAGGAUUCGGGAUGA